GACUAGCCUGAGCGCUGUAGUGAAGAAGAUUAGCAAGCGGAAAUGAACAAGAAGAAUUGAUACAAUGGCUUGACCUGCGAAGGAUUCAUCAAGCGAACUGUGGAAAGGGAGAUGGAGCAAGUGACCUGGGAUCUCUUGGAACGAGAUGAAAAAACCUACCUCCAGACGGGUGGAUACACGGGGGCAUUUCUCAUCCGCCUGGGAAGCCGUGGUAAGAUCGCCGGUCUCGGUCCGCGCACCUUGCCAAAGUCAGUCAGUUUGCUAAAUGGUCUUCAGGUAACAAAGGAUACUCACGUCCCAUACCCUAUGGUGUUCGGCCCAGAGCGGCUUGACCCAGCACCAGCCGUCCCGUCUAUCACACGUUCUGAUUACGGACUCCGAGAAAUCCAAAUAGACGUGGGCGGUGGCCCAGUGCUGAGUCACGCCCGUGGUACCGAACACAAACCUCAGGUCCACGGUGAAAUGAGGCUCCGACUCCUGGUGCCAGCCUUCUUUGACGUACACCUGGGUUCCCGUCGCCCCUUUUGGGAGAAGGUUCUCAUUCCACCGUCCGAAGGCGAACUGGUCGACGACGGAGGUGCGGUCCCAACGAUUGGCCAGAUCGUUGUGGAUCCCCACCUGGACCUCGAGGGAGAUGCCGGGGCGGAAAACAAUUUCAUGGCCAAACACUCUAUACAGUUGAUCAGUUUGUAUGCUUCCGGCUUGUACUCAACCUUAGAUGCAGUAGUUGUUCUCAUGUUCGAGGUCUCCUGGCUCCAGUUUCUAAUCAAGCCCUGUCUUCUUUCGGGCGUAUGUCUGCCUCUAGAUGUAUUGUGGCUGGUUUGAGAUAGGUUUAUGCCAUGUAGGAUGCUUUGGGUAUGCUUUGGGAAGCCGAAUCCGAAAUCCUUCCGAUUCAGCUUCAGCGAGCAACAACCUAUUCGUCAGUCUUAAGCCCUAUCAGAUGUAGAGUAAAACUUACUGUUUCUUCUU